AUGUUGCGCCCAGAAAGCCCUGAACUUCUAUCUCCAGCAAACUAUGACGGCGAUGCAGCCUCAUUACGAUCACCCUCCGAGCAAGACUCCGACUCCGAAGAUGAUGAGUUCCUUCGUCACCCCCGCAGCACCCUAGAGCUCGCCAAACACGAUCGAGGCGUUCUCGAAGAUGAAGAUGAGUUGGAAAAAUUGCUGACCAGACGUGGUCCGACUCAUGGGUUGCGCAGGAUGUUCAGCCCCAACGGAAGCAGUGUGCGGAUUGGAAAGAAGGAACGGCGACGAGCGCGGAAGGAAGCCCGAUUGUCGCGUCGAGAGAGGGUCAGCGAGGAAGGAGAGUUGAUGUAUGAGAUGGAAGAAGGGCUUGGCGAUGAUGAAUCCUUGAUGAGCGGUUCUUCAAUAGAUUUGGAUGAAGACGACUACAUCUAUGAACCGCCAUCCAGACUAUCAUGGCGUAAAUAUUUAUUCAUAUUCGCUCUCAUUGUCGUCCUUUUCCUUAUCCUCGUUCUCGGCGCAUACAAAGCCUCCACCGGAUUCCGAGCUGCACAAGUCCUCUCAAAACCCCUCCUGUCUAAUGGCACAGCACUAUUCGCCCCGACAACCAUUCUUAUCUCCCUCGACGGAUUUCGGGCAGAUUUCCUUGACCGCGGUCUGACACCAGCGCUUAGUUCACUGGUCGCGGACGGCGUCUCGCCUCAAUACAUGAAUCCCAGCUUCCCCAGCGUGACCUUCCCAAACCAUUUUACACUUGUCACAGGAUUAUAUCCCGAGAGCCAUGGGAUUGUGGGGAAUACAUUUUGGGAUCCAGACCUGGAGGAAGAAUUCUACUACACGCAUCCGUCAGUCAGUAUGCUGCCAAAAUGGUGGAAUGCUGAGCCGUUAUGGGUGACGGCAGAGAAACAGGGCGUCAAGAGUGGUAUUCACAUGUGGCCAGGGUCAGAGGCUCAUGUUGGAACCCCGGAGCCAACUUAUUUGGAUAAGUAUAACGGAACUGAGGCUUUGUCCCGCAAGGUCAACCGUGUCUUGGAGCUUCUUGAUCUGCCCGGUGCAGAGGACGAAUCGCAAUUGUUGCCAACGCGACCCCAGUUCAUUGCAGCUUACGUGCCGGAUGUUGACCGAGACGGUCACAACUAUGGACCCAACAGCACUGAAAUUCGAACCACUAUCUCACACGCCGACGAGAUGGUGGGAGGUAUUGUUGCUGGUCUCAAAAGCCGCAAUCUCACGGACGUGGUCAACAUUGUGGUUGUUUCAGACCACGGCAUGGCUACAACCUCCACCGAACGCCUCAUUCAGCUGGAGGAUAUCAUUGACCUUGAUCUGGUGGCUCACCUGGAUGGAUGGCCAUCCCGCGGCAUUCGGCCCAAGCGACCGGAAGAUCUAGCAACGCUGCAAGCUCAGCUUGAGAAGGUGGCGCCCGAUUAUGCGCACGCUUUUGAGUUCUAUACCCGAGAAAACAUGCCUGAGCGCUACCAUUUCAAAUACAACGAUCGCAUUGCCCCGCUGUGGGUUAUUCCAAAGGCUGGGUGGGCUAUUGUGGAACGCCCUGAAUUUGAUGCGGUUGAAGCGCUGAAAACAGGACAAGUUUAUCACCCAAUGGGUAUCCAUGGCUAUGACCAUGAACACCCGCUGAUGCGGGCGAUUUUCAUCGCGCGGGGUCCAGCGUUUCCCCAUACUCCCAACAGCCGCCUGGAUGCAUUCCAAAACAUUGAGGUAUACAAUAUUGUUUGUGAUUCCCUGGGCAUUGACCCACAUCCGAAUAACGGGACACUUCGACUUCCCCUUCACCCAGUCGGGCUUCAUUCGGACAAGGACGUGCCGCCUAUGGAACGCCCAUCAGAUCCACCCGAGCCAGCCUCAACUGUUAUUGUUUCACCAGAGCCAACGAGUCCCGCAUCAGAUGCCCCAACUGAGGAACCGCCUACAUCAGACCCCAACAGCCACGACAAAACUUCAUGGUGGGGCUCCCUGGUGGACAAAUUGGAAGAAUGGAAGGAGUGGGCGGGGGAAUUGGUCUCGGCUGAGCAGGCCAACCACCCGCAAGGCGCAUAG